GGACUAUGGAAUAAGUACUGCUUGUCUUGAGCCUCGCAGCUUGCUGGUUUUGGAUCAAUGUCGCACUCUACGGCGUGCGUGCUCCUGCUGUACAUAUUCACAUUAAUGAAUUUAUGGCGCAGCUCGGUUCCUUCCGGAACGGUUGCUCGGACCCAGGUCAUUCCACAAAUUUACACUGCACACGGCUGUCUUCCUGGUCUUCCUAGGGGACUGGUUCUGCCAGAGCAACCCUCAAAACACAAUAUAUCGACCAUCAUAUGUGUGUUUUGGGUGGGAUACUAGAAACUAGGCACAACCGGCAGCACUCGACAGCAUCACCUAUUCUGCCAUAUGCAUGAUAUUGUAAUGUAUGACAGUCCUGACGAUAAGUAUGAUGCCUCAUCCCAACAUGUUAGUUUGACCGCUUGGGGUACCAUGAUAAUACCUAAUGCAUUCCAAUUCGUCGAAAUUGAUAUCUCGACAGUAACAAACGAGGUAUAGUCUUCUACAUCCUAAUCAUAAUGGAAGUUGGAAUUGAGAACUUGAAUAAUAAUGGCUCGCUGCUCUGCCAAGCCUGGAGUUCU